AUGGCAACAAGCAAGGCGGAUCUAAGCGCAGAGCAGAGGAGGCUGGUUCAUGUCUACUAUCGCGAAUUGCGUGACUUUUUUCAAGUUACGGGAGCCAAACACGACCGCUCAAGCUCGGCGAGAGCUCAGAAGGCAAGAUCCAAGCUACUGAAGCUUUAUGCUUCACAAUUUUUCGAAUUAAGCACAGAUGUUCACGACGAGCUGCAAAGACGCAUAGACGAGAAUCAAACGCAGCCAGAUCAUUUACUUCCCAAAGACACGUUCCAUGUUAAACGGAACCAGGCUCGUCAAAAGCUUGCAAAUCUGUCGGAAUCUCGAUUCAAUGAUUUAGUCGACGACAUUCUUUAUGAAAUUCAAAGACGUGAUUAUCACGUACUACCUAGUCCAGAGACUCCACUUUCGCCUUUGCGAAAAUCGCACGAAAAUGACAAUACUGCAAACGGGCCAUCACCACCGCGGUCUGCGCUUCAGCUAGAUUUAGGAAACACAGGCAAUAACGAUGUUGCAUUACCCCAGGUACUGCGAACUCAGGCUGAUCAAUCAAAUCCAACUGACACUAUUCCUGGAGAAAGAACCAAGAAUUUGUCAAACAUCACUCCGAAUGCGACUGUUCAGCAAUCUCAAGUAAUACCUAAAAAAGCCUCCAUCGAAUGGAGUUCAGACGAGGAUGAAGACGAUUUAAAGACGGUGAAGCCGGGUUUACAUGAAGAUCUCAACGAAACAAGAAUGCAAGGAGGACACGAACAACUACCGCUUUCUAGUACAAAGAACCAAGAGAAUCUUUCAGCGCAUGCAAUGUCUCCCGAAAGCAAGUUGGAUGGCGAGAAUUUUGCAAAAAGCGCAGGAUCACUAAAAGAUUCAGAUGAAUCGGAACUCGAGGGCCCCACUGGCCUUCCACACGGAGCUACCCUGCAAUCUGAAUUUUCGAAGACUGGCCACAAUGUCGAACGUGACGGCUCCCAUGAAGAGCAAUAUCCGCGUGGUGUCAAUAGAUUUACAGCUUCAAGUUCGGAAAUAGAGGGCUUAAACACUACAGAAGGAAUCUCUACAUCGCCAAGAAAGUCUUGGGCUGAUAACGGGACAAACAAAGAGCUUGAGCGAUCGUUACUUGAUUCCUUAGGCAGCGAUCAGGGCAAUUCAAAUGGAAAAGCCGAAGCUCAAUCGCAAUUAGUUGAUUAUCCUGAAAGCCAACAAAGCUCUCGGUCGAACUCCCUUCUACUACAACGCAAAAGUGAGAAAAAGAAAAUGGAAGACAGCAUACAAAGAACUUCACCGUUGAAAACAUCUAAAGAAGUCGAAGCUUCUUACCAAGGUCCUUCCGAUUCCGCUUCGAACAUGUCGUCUUACGGACAACGUGGAAAUUCGGGGCCCUUUCAUGAUGCAGACGAAAGUAUAGGAAACAUGGAAAAUCAAUUGAGGCAUUGGGGCUCUCUCAAGAGAGUUUCACUAGAUCGCGAAAACUCCAAACGUGAAAUAGAAGUUUUAGUGGCUGAAGGGACGAAGAUGGACCAGAAAAUUACGGAGCUGGAGAAAUCAAAUAUGCUAUUAUCAUCUGCUAGAGCCAAUCUUGAAAGUGAUAUGCAUCUUUACAAAAAUGAGAAUGAAGCUCUGAAGGAGCAUGUAGAAAGCAUUACCAAAAGCAUGGAAUCUGUGAAUGUAGAGCUUGUUAAGCUAAAAGAGGAAUCAACAGAAAGUGCCACUCAAUCUAAAACUUUGAUCAAUGAGAACCACCAAAAGCAAUUCACAACUUUGACCAAACAAAUAAAUUCGCUCUCCAUCGAAAAUGAGCAACUCAAACAGAUGGUGGCUGAGCUGGAACUUAAAUUGAAGGGCUUCAAAUCCAGUGAUCGUUCGAAUGAAGGCAACGACAGUAACUCAACUAUGGGUUUGCCGAGCGGUACCACUUUGCGGAAGCAGAUAGAUUUCAGCUCCGACUCAUUAGAAAAAUUUGUGUCUUCAGAUGGACAAAUCCCGAAAGAUUUGCUUUUGUCAUUCAAUGCUCAGAUUGAUUCAAUUUUUGAUCAUCUUCACGGCGAUAAAUCGGUGCGCACUUUUGGUUAUCAACUUUUUGAUGACUUGGCUCACAUUGCCGACUCCGUGCAUAAAAUGAUCAGAUUGAUUGAUGUGCCUGCUUAUCAAGAGCCAGUUCUCGUCUUGAAGGCCUCGUUGUCCCAUGGAAUCACGUCCGUCAGAUUUUUUGCGAUAUAUCACGAUGUACUACCUCUUGUGACGGUUGCCAGUGCAAUUUCAGAUAUUAGCUUUGCUGUGUGCUGCUUGAUUGAUGUUGUUAAAGUUACGGGGGUUGAAAAAGAUGCAGCAAGAGCAGUGGAUCAUCUUCGAAACAUUCCACAAACUCCAACUCUAAGUGGUGAGUCUUCCGCAUCGAAUCAGCUAGGCAUGGAAAUUGAUAACGAUUUUAAGGAUCCUCGUGACAGUACGCAGCAUACACAGAAUGCCCCUGCAACCAUGUCACCUGUGAAGCCACUAAAGAUCACUCAAAAGGUUGGCAAUAAUUCCCCACCUCCACGAAACACGCAUGCUAGUAGAAAACCUUCAAGCACGCUUUUUGCCUCAAUUGUCAAUCCAAACACAAGCAGCCAUACGUCACCAAGAAAUUCGCAGUUUUCAAGAUCUCGUUCCGACUCUUCGACUGAGAAGCCAGGAGCUAAAGUUGGCUCUGGUGUGAAUGAUGAAGAUGGAAGUGCGCGAGCACUUCAUUUCAGCAAUAGGGAAGACGUGUUGCAAGCCUCACAUUUACACUUUGUGGAGGGGUCAGGUAAUAGUAAGACAGCGGAAGACAGUGAAAAAUCAAACUCGGCACUCAGCUCUAAAGAAGAGUUGGUUUUAUCUACUACGAAACCCAGUUCUGAUUUGUCGCGCGCAAUAAGUGAUGAGCCUCUGAACAAUCUUAAAAACACAGGAGAAGACCUAGGUAUUGUAGAAUCGAGAAGAACGAUUUUAAAUGCUCCUAGGGCAAAGGGAGAGUCUCAGGGCGUUGCUGAAGUUACUAGCGUGCCACAGGCCCAAAAGGAGCAGAGUACAGACGCUCUAGACACUACCGGAAGGGGCCAAGAGGCCCCUAUAUCACAUUCCAAAGUGAGGCCCAACAUCUUUGAGAAACUCCGCAAACAAUCAAAACUUCGUGAAGUAGAUCCAGCAACAUCGUCAGGAGAUGAAACAAUGGAUGAACACGAAAGUCACAAAAAUGAUGAUAGCAAUCUUACCAGUGACGAUGACUUGACUUACCAGGCGCUCAAGGACAGCAUGCGAAAGAAGCAACUUAAUAACGAUACUGGAAUUGUUACUUCUGGUUGUCCGAACACACCCGGUAAGACUGAUAUUAAAAGAACUACACAUUCGCCUUACAAGUCACAGGAUCAAAAAGACUCAAUGAUACACCAAACAGCAAAAACAAUACAAAACUCUGACCGAGAAAUUGUAACCUUCUCAAAAUCCGCUCAAGGUCUACACAAAGAAGGGUCUGAACGUGCAAUCAACAAUGAUGGUGGUGAAGGUAGACAGGCGGGCCAAAUAUCAACUCCUGUAAAAAGCUCUAAUUCAGUAUCUUCAGAACCAGAACGUAGUAGCUCCGAAAAGGAAAACGAGUCUCAAGCGCAACUUCAAAAUCAGUUCUCUCCUACCGUCAGAUCUGGUAAGACACAGAUUAAAACCCAAACUAUUAGUAUUCCGGGCGAAGCAGUGAACACCUCUGGUCUGGGAGGGAAAGAUGACAAACUCUUGUUAGAUCAAAAGCCCACAAGGUCUCAAAUGGAAACGAAAGACAACGUAACAGGCCAAGCAUAUCCGCCUUCUCUGGUUGUCAAAUUAGAAGAAGAAGAUGAUUGGAUAACAUCUGAAAAAGAAGAGUUACCGAUCACAGAAGCUGCAGGUGCGAUGAAACAGAUCGCUGGGGCCAGCAAUCUGAAGAAUCUUCGCGAGCCUUCAACACCAAAAAUACAGGGCAUUGUGAAAAAAGAGGAGAACUCUGACGCUUCUCCGCAGGGAUAUAAAACCCAAAGCCAUGUAAGCUCUGCUGCCUUCACGAAGCCAUUAGUAAAGGUGGAAGAGUUUCAGUCAUCGGAAAAAGACGCGAAUAAGACAUUGAAACAAGAAAAUACCAAUGAUUGGAUUAAACCUUCUUCCGGAAAGUAUACAAGUGCUGAAGAGUUAACAAAAUCAAACACAGACACUGUGGAUAAAGAAUCUGAAGAUGAAUCGGAUUUCGACAUUGACGCAUUUGACAUUGAGAAUCCAGACAACACGCUAUCAGAGCUGUUACUGUAUUUGGAGCAUCGCACCAUUGAGGUGAUCAGUACUAUCCAGUCUCUAUUAACGUCGAUCAAGCAACCGCAAGCAUCGAAAGGUGCGCUUUGUAAAGACUCUAGUGCGAUUAAUCUAGUGAUAGCACAGAUGGUCGAAGCUACUAAUGUGUCGAUGGCUCAAUCGCGUAAUGCAGCUCUCAAGGAGCACGGCAAUUGGGUCGUACAGAGUUUGAAAGACUGCAAGAGAAGAAUGACUUCACUGUGCCAUUUGAACGGAGAUGGCACCAUCAACAUUGAUGAAAGUGAUGACGAAUAUGCCGACAAACAUUUUAAACAGCGUUUGGCCGGUAUUGCAUUCGACGUUGCUAAAUGCACCAAAGAACUAGUUAAAACCGUAGAAGAGGCUAGCUUGAAAGAGGAAAUCGAGUAUCUCAACUCGAAACUCGCGCUUUGA